GAUCAAGCAAUAUUGCAAAACACAUUGACGCAAUGGCUUCGUUCCUGCAGGGCUUGCGGCCGCUGGCCCUUUUGAGGCCGAAGAAUGGUCUACUAUCACAAUCGCGAACAGCUGUGCGAUCAAUCACAACGAAAUAUACCCCAAAACCCAAGCCGGUCCCUCUUCCUGAAAAUCUACCAGAGCAAUAUUACUCACAGCUCCCUCUACACAUUCGUCCGCAGCCAGAAAAAAAGAAAUGGCGAAUCCACCCAUCACCUCCCUCCGAAAUGAACAUAUGCAAAGACCCUGUCGCAGCUGUCUCAAAUCGACAAAUGAGUAUUCUAGAUCCUACAGGCGAACGCAAAGCUCUGUUUGAUUAUCGACGAAGUGCUCGCAGCAUCAAACCCGGCGACAUUGUGCGAGUCACAUUCAAGAGCGGUGAUCCGUUUUCUGGUGUUUGCUUGGCUAUCAGACUCCGCGGGGUCGAUACAUCGUUCUUAUUGAGGAAUCAAUUGACGAGAGUUGGCGUGGAGAUGUGGAUUAAGGCAUAUAGUCCGAAUGUGGAGGGUGUUGAGAUUGUGCAAAGAACCGAAAAGAGGAAAAGGAGAGCUCGUCUUUAUUACAUGCGUCAACCCAAGCAUGAUAUGGGUAGUGUUGAGAAUAUUGUCCGCAACUACCUCCGCCAGAAAUCCGCUAUGGCUGGGCGAUCAUAGGAAAUGCAAAGACAGAACGUUGGACUCGCAUGAAAUAACAUACCUGUAUAUUAGAAGAAUUCGACAGCAAUGGAGUGUUUUGUUUGUUUA